AUGAUGAAUCAAUUGAGGGUGUUACUAGUGACAUUUUUGCUCGCCGCUAUUGGUGUGGCUGCAUUGCGUGACACACAUGUCGGACUUAGCGACGGCAUUCUUAACAGGAAUGUUAACAUUACCAACGGUCUAGGUCCAGACGUGGAUCUUACUGUUCAUUGUAAGUCCGCAGAUGACGAUCUAGGAAAACAACUGAUUCAUUAUGGCUCUACCUAUGGGUUUCAUUUCAGAGUCAACAUUUUUGGGGGUACACAAUUCUAUUGUAGCUUUAAGUGGCCUGGCCAAUUCCAUUGGUUUGACAUUUUCAUACAGGAUAGAGAUCACUGCAAGAAUUGUCCGUGGUUGAUCAAAGCUGACGGUCCACGCGGAUUUAACAGUGAAACUGGUAAUUAUGAUGAUGUAUAUAAGUGGAACAAGCCCAGUGAAUUUGUGUUGACGCAUGGCUAG